UAAGGUCCAAGUCGGUGUUCCCCGGAAUCGUGUGCUCCCCACCCGCGAUGGGAGUAGGAAACUGUGAGCCAGGAAGCUCGGGGAUACGGCAGUGAGGGAGCCAGUGCUCUAGAAACUUAUAGAUGUCCAGAAAUGACUGAGAUAGAGCAGGCAGAGGCCCAGCUCUCUGAGUUGGACCUGUUGGCCAGUAUGUUCCCUGGGGAGAAUGAGCUCAUAGUGAAUGACCAACUGGCUUUAGCAGAACUGAAAGAUUGUAUUGAGAAGAGGACAAUGGAGGGGCGAUCUUCAAAAGUUUUCUUCACUAUCAAUAUGAACCUGGACAUAGCUGAGGAAGCAAUGGUGAUGUUUUCUGUGGCCUGCAUUCUUCCCUUUAAAUACCCUUCAGUCCUGCCUGAAAUUACUGUCAGAUCAGUAUUAUUAAGUAGAUCCCAGCAGACUCAGCUGAACACAGAUCUGACUGUAUACCUGCAGAACUAUCUUGGAGAUGUCUGUAUAUUGAAUGCCACAGAGUGGGUUAGAGAACAUGCCUCUGACUAUGUCAGCAGAGAUGCCACAUCUUCCAGCACCAAAGAAAGUACGGUCCAGCCAGUUGAUCCCAUUCUUACCAGACUCUGGAUCUACAGCCAUCACAUCUAUAACAAAUGUAAAAGAAAGAAUAUUCUAGAGUGGUCAAAGGAGCUUUCCCUGUCUGGUUUCAGCAUGCCUGGGAAACCUGGUGUUGUUUGUGUAGAAGGCCCACAAAGUGCCUGUGAAGAAUUCUGGUCAAGACUCAGAAAACUAAACUGGAAGAGAAUUCUAAUUCGCCAUCGAGAAGAUAUUCCUUUUGAUGGUACAAAAAAGGAUAUGGAAAGACAAAGGAAAUUUUCCAAUUUUGAAGAAAAGGCGUUUAGUGUUAAUGGAGCCAGAGCAAACCACAUGGACUUUGGUCAGCUGUAUCAAUUCUUAAGUGCCAAAGGAUGUGGGGAUGUUUUCCAGAUGUUCUUUGGUGUGGAAGGGCAGUGAGUGAACAGAAAACUGGCUGAAAGCAUUUUGUCACUUAGCCUUUUGACUUUUUUCCCACUCAUUCUUAAAAGAUUAAUUUUAGUUCCAUUUCAGAAUGUGAAAGGGGGAAAAGAAAAGAAAAAGUAGUAGAGUUGAAAUACAUUUGUUAAAAAUGUCAUGAUUAAAAGCAGAACUAAGUUUCAAAUUAUAAUCUUCAAAUU